AUGUCCACGAAUUCGUCCCAAGACUUAGAGAAAGGAGUCCCUGAGACCCAAAACUUAGAGAACACAGGAGCUACCACGACGCAUCCUUACCAACAUCAUAUACACAAUGUUUCAUUCGACGGUGAUUUUGUACGUUUGGGUGACCAGACUUACAGAAGAUCGGAGUUGUUAAAUGCAUUUGCAGGUGAUUUGAACCCUGGUAUCCACCCACGCCCACCACGGAAUUUGGCUAACCCAGUGCCAUUGGGUCUAGCCUCAUUCUCAUUUUGUUGCCUAGUCCUUUCGUUGAUCAAUGCCCAGGUUAGGGGUGUCACGAAUAAUAAGAUUUUGGUUGGUGCAUGUUUGUUUUUUGGCGGUGCCAUUGAGUUGUUCGCAGGAUUGCUAUGCUACCCAAGCGGGAACACAUAUGGUAUGACAGUUUUCGGUGCGUUUGGAGGUUUCUGGAUUUCGUACGGUUGCAUUUUCACAGACCAAUUCCAUAUUGUGUCGUCAUACGCGGAUGAUCCAAAAAUGUUCAACAAUGCCAUGGGGUUCUUUUUGGCAGGCUGGACUGUGUUUACGUUCUUGAUGUUAAUGUGUACUUUGAAAUCUACAUGGGGCUUGUUCCUCUUGCUAUUCUUCCUUGAAUUGACCUUCCUAAUGUUGACGAUAGGAACCUUUACCGCAAAGGAGCACGUGACCAAGGCUGGUGGAUACUUUGGUAUCUUUUCCUCGGUCUGCGGGUGGUAUUCCUUAUACAGCGGUGUUGCCGACGAAACCAACAGUUACAUCCCUAUAAAGGCUUACUUUAUGCCAAAUGCCCCAACUGUUUAG